GAUGAAUAUUAUCCACAGUGCCGAUGGUAAUUAUGAAGUGACCUUAAUGACAAAAGCCGCUCUACAUUGGACUGGUUUAGUUAGAUGGGAACCACCAGCUAUUUACAAAUCAUCUUGUCUGAUUAACGUCGAAUUCUUUCCUUUCGACGAACAACUGUGUUCGUUAAAAUUCGGUAGUUGGACAUACGAUGGUCUUCAAGUGGAUUUAACUCACGCUGAGCAAAAGGAUGAAGAUCCCGCUAAACAAUUGGAGCCUAUAGAGGAUGGAAUAGAUCUAAAAGACUUUUAUAGAUCUGUUGAAUGGGAUAUUUUAACAGUUCCAGCUCGAAAAACUGAAAAACGAUAUCCUUGCUGUACGGAGCCAUAUCCGGAUAUCACUUUUCAAAUAACUAUGCGAAGGAAGACACUUUUUCACACCGUAAAUCUUAUUAUUCCCUGUGUGGCUAUCUCCUUCCUAACAGUACUCGUCUUCUAUUUACCCUCGGAUAGUGGAGAAAAGAUAGCUCUAUGUAUUUCAAUUCUCCUCUCCUUAACCGUCUUCUUUCUUUUACUUGCUGAAAUCAUCCCACCUACUUCGUUGGUUGUGCCGCUUAUAGUAACUGUUAUAGUCCUUAACGUCCACUUUCGGUCACCAUCAACUCAUACAAUGAGUCCAUGGGUUAGAAAGGUCUUCCUUAAUAUACUACCUCGUCUUUUAGCGAUGAAAAGGCCUAAAAUGGACAAGGAAUUAUCAAAUCAUUUAUUGAUUCGAUCUUGUAAUGGUUUCGAAACCUUUGAAUUAUUCGAACCAUUUGAGAAGACUUUAGAAUAUUCAAAUAGAUACUCGCCAGAAGUACGUAAGGCAAUAGAUGGCGUUCGAUAUAUUGCAGAGCAUUUGAAAAGAGAAGAUGACGAAUCGAGUAUAAGAGAAGAUUGGAAAUAUGUAGCUUUAGUACUUGAUCGUCUCUUUCUAUGGAUUUUUACAACAGCCUGUAUAGUUGGUACUUUUGGUAUAAUUCUACAAGCUCCGGCUCUAUACGAUAACUCCAAACCCCUUAAAGCUGCUGGCAUUGAAGGCAAAUAUAACUCUUACGACGAAAUUAUAUCUACAUAA